ACAUUAUUAGAAGAUCCGUCAUUUUGUUCAAUGCUUAUUCUUCAUUGAUGCAAAAUUAAACAAUUAUAUAUUUGUCAACCCAUUGUUUAGGUUUAUAUAUUUUUGUAUUGUGUUAAGUUCGAUAAAGACGACAUUUUCUUCAUGGUGUCCUGUUGAUAAUUAAUUCGAUUUCCAGUGUUACAGACUUUAAAAAUGACUACUUCUGAACAAAUAGGUUUGAACAAAACAUGGGAAUUAUCCCUAUAUGAAUUACAUCGUACCCCCCAAGAAGCUAUAACCGACAAUAAUGUAGAAAUUGCUGUAUCUCCUAGAAGUCUCCAUAGUGAAUUAAUGUGCCCCAUUUGCUUGGACAUGUUGAAGAAAACGAUGACUACAAAAGAAUGCUUGCAUAGGUUUUGUUCUGACUGUAUUAUAACGGCUUUGAGAUCAGGCAACAAAGAGUGUCCUACAUGCAGAAAAAAGUUGGUUUCCAAACGAUCUCUAAGACCAGAUCCCAAUUUUGACUUGCUAAUUGCUAAGAUUUACCCUAGUAGAGAUGAGUAUGAAGCUCAUCAAGAAAGAGUCCUUGCCAAACUGAACAAGAGUCAUUCCUCUGCUGCUUUGGUCAAUUCUAUCAAUGAGGGUAUCAAAAUGCAAUCACAAAACAGACCAAACAGAUCAAGAAAAAUGAAUGAUAAUGAGAGAAGUGAGGCUAACGAAACAAGUUCAGCACAAAAUCAAGAAAACCCAGCUCCAAACCCAAAUCCUCCACCUGCAGCUGUCAAUCAGAAUUCCAAUCCUCCGAGUACAGCUGCGCCUGGUAGUCCUGUACCAUCCGGAAGAAGCUCUCCACCAUCUCAGCCUCCUAGUCCAGUAUCGAGUAAUGUAAGUUCCAUCAGUAAAUCCUUAGGAAAACGACCAAAGAGUGUUAUGACAUCAGAGAGAAGCGAAGAAAGUGAAUCAAGUGAAAGAACAGAACAAACUGAUACUGAAGGAGAAGGUCCAUCAGAACCUAUGACACUCAAUGAAAUAGAGUUGGUUUUCAAGCCACAUCCUACAGAAAUGGCGGGAGAUAAUGCUCUUGUCAAAGCACUGAAAGAAAAUUCUAUUCGUUACAUAAAAACGACAGCUAAUGCCACAGUUGACCAUCUUCACAAAUACUUGGCAAUGCGCUUAACCUUAGAUUUGGAAUCUCAACUUUCUGCAUCUCAGCAUAAUUCAGUGAAUUUCUGUAUAUAUAUAUCUCCCUCUGCUGGGCAAUAUGUACAACUUAAUGGUAACCAAACAUUGGGACAGGUAAAUGAUAAGUAUUGGAAGGUUAAUAAACCUUUAGAAAUGUAUUAUUCUUGGAAAAAGGCAUAGAAAUCUUCUGGCCCUAGAAAAAAAAGGAAAAGGAGGAAACCGAAAAGAUACUACCGUCGAUUUCCAUUGUGUGUUUUCCAUAAUGAUACAUUGAUUUCCACUUUCAGUUCCAUAUUUUGUGCUUAUUAGUUUAGAUUAUUAUUUAUUAUUGUGAUAUCUACGGUUUUUUUUCAUUUUACACCAAAUGUUGUAAAUAACUGAAGUAACUGAUUUUGUAAUUUGGAAAAAGAUUUAGGAUUUUUUGUUCUUAUUGGUUUUUUUAAGAAAUGUUAUUUCUGGAUAAGUAUUUUCAACUAGCAUUUUUAUUUUAUCAUGUAUUUCAAAAAUUGUUUGUUGCAAGUGUCAUGUUUUUAUUUAGAAUAAAUUGGUUGGCAUUAUUAA